UCUUCUCCAACCCAUCCACUUUAAAGGAAAACUCGACCUUUGAAGCAAGUCGAAUUAUCAAGAAUAUCAAGGACGCAACACUCCAAAUCCUUUUGGUGCCUUUUUGAGCAAGAAGAGUUACAAGCAUCAUGUCCUUUGAUAAUGGUCUUCGCAUGUUGCCACCCGUGAGUCAGGGAUCUGUUUCGCAAACAAAAGAAGUUGGUCGCAAUACGGCAUACGGUGUCCACGACACAUUGAGAGAAGGGUUCCGAACUGUGCGGAGUGAGAUUAUUCCAAAGCACCCUGUCGAGAAUAUUGACUCGCAGUGGCAGGAGACCCAAGAGCAGCUUCGUAUGACUAUGCACCGAAGGGCAUUUGGACUACACGCACCUCUCCGUCUGCAAAUGGAAAAGGUGUUGGUAUCUCAGCCGAGACGCAUUCCCGUGCUUCCUGUAUCGAAUCUAGGUCUGGAAAUUCUGGAGGGGAGGGAUCAAACAAUUGAUUAUGAGGAUUUCCUUGGAGAUCCUCAUCUCUCGACGGAUAUGAUGGAUCCUCACACUGCUAUGGAGCGUGUGCUUGGUCUCGGGCCUUUGUAAGAUGGGUCGUAUCAAAUGUUGUGUGUGUCAAAUAGAGAAUCCGCUCAAAACAGCAUUGCAGACAGCCUUUUGCGUCGGUGGUGCUUUAGGAACGUGGAUGUUAUGCAGAUGAUCCUUGGAACUGCAGGUUGAAAUCUCCUCUCACCCGCCCCUUCACAGUUCGAGUUUCUUUAUUGCGCCAUUAAGUUGCAGCCAAUGUCU